CGAGCGGGGGCGGCCCCGGCGGGCCCGGCCGCCCGCUCCGCGGUCCCUGUGAGGGGCCGGACCUUCCUUCGGAGGCCGCGGAGGGGCUGAGGGGGCGGCCGAGCGCGGUGCCAGCCAAGCGCCUCCGGGCUGCCGUGGGCCUCGCCGAGGUGGUGCCUUCACCCGCCCUCAGCUCCCACAGAGGCCUCCGCGCUUCUCGUCUGUCUUCUUCUGCAGAGGUUUUUCCAGGACACCAUUAUGAGUGAUCAAAUACAGUUCAUUGUUGAGAAACUCAAUCAGGAGCCCUUCAGGAAGAACUACAAUUUAAUCACGUUUGACUCCUUGGAGUCAGUGCAGCUGUUGCAGCUGCUUAAUGAUGUUCUGGGGGAGAUUGACCCAAAGCAUGCUGUUGACAUUAGAGAGGAGCUACCAGAACAAACAGGUAAAAGAAUGUUGAGUCUUCUUGGCAUCCUUAAAUACAAACCUCCAGGAAGCAUAUCGGACCUGAGUGCGUUUCGCCAGGGGUUAGUUACUGGAAGCAAAUCUGUAAUUCAUCCUGUCUUACAUUGGCUUCUUCAGAGGACCAACGAGCUCAAGAAAAGAGCUUACCUGGCACGUUUCUUAGUAAAACUGGAAGUGCCAGCAGAGUUCCUUCAGGAUGAUACUGUGGCUGACAUCAACAAACAGUAUGAAGAACUGAUGGAAGCAUUUAAAAACCUACAUAAGGAGUGCGAGCAGCUCAAAACGUCCGGUUUAUCUACUGCAGAAAUAAAAAGGGAUAUCAGUGCAAUGGAAGAGGAGAAAGAUCAACUCGUCAAACGCGUAGAGCGUCUUAAGAAGCGGGUGGAGACAGUACAAAAUCAUCAACGAAUGCUUGAAAUAGCAAGACAGCUUCGCUUAGAAAAAGAGAGAGAAGAAUCUUUGGCUCAACAGAAACAAGAACAGAAAAAUCAGUUGUUCCAUGCGGAGCAGAGACUGCAAAGAGCACAGCUGCAGCUGAAGGAGAUGCAUCAUGCAGUAGUGGAUUCAAAACCCGAAAGUUUAAUGAAGAAACUAGAAGAGGAGAUAAAUUUCAAUUCAUACCUGGUUACUGAGAAAAUACCAAGAGAGCUUGAAAGUAAGAAGAAUUCAGCGUAUUUCUUGCAAAAGGUGGUUUCAGAGCCAGCUAUGAGUCAAUCCGAUCUCAGUGUCAUUGAAAUCAAGAUAAAUGAAGUAAACGCACAGAUUAAUCAGCUUAUUGAGAAAAGAAUGAUGAAGUAUGAGCCAAUCGAUAGUAAAUUUUCCAUGUAUCGCCAACAGGCGUCUAUAAUUGCCCGGAAGAAGGAAGCCAAGGCAGAAGAGCUUCAGGCCGCCCGGGAGGAGUUGUCCGGCACGGAGCGGCAGAUGCUGCACAAGACCAGCCAGGCCCAGGAGCUGGAGGGCUCCGAAGUCCUGAAGGGGGAGGAGUUGAAACACUAUGUUAAUAAGCUCCGGAGCAAGAACACAUUUUAUAAAAAGAAGCGCCUGGAAAUAGCAGAAAUUACGGCUGAGUACGGGAUCCUCCAGAGGACAGAAGAGCUUCUCAAACAGCGCCACGAGGCCAUUCAGCAGCAGUUGCAAGCUAUUGAAGACAAGAAAGGUAUUUCUGGAUACAGUUACACCCAGGAGGAGCUGGAAAGGGUAUCUGCAGUGAAGAGUGAAAUGGAUGAGAUGAAAGGCCGGACACUCGAUGAGAUGUCUGAAAUGGUAAAAAAACUGAAUGCUCUGGUGGCAGAGAAGAAGGCAAGCCUAGCUCCUGUUAUCAAAGAACUGAGACAGCUGCGUCAAAUGUGCCAGGAAUUAACUCAAGAACGUGAUGAAAAAAAAAUCCAAUACGACAGCUGUGCAGCGGGGUUGGAGAGCAACCGCUCCACACUGGAACAGGAAGUGAAAGGACUUCUUGAGGAGUGUGUUCAGGAAGAAAGCAACUACCGUUACAUUAACUGCAUGAAAAGGAAUCUAGAAAUACAGCUGGAGCGUGCUAAAGAAGAAAUGAAGACAUACGUCUCCCCAGACCCACAGAAGAGACGAAAGGCAAUUCGCGAACAGUAUACACGGAUGAUCCUUGAACAAGAAAACCUUGGGAAGAAAUUACGAGAGAAGCAGAAAGUUGUGCGGGAGAGUCACGGGCCAAAUAUGAAGCAAAUGAAAAUGUGGCAGGAUUUUGAGCAGUUAAUGGAAUGUAAGAGAGAAUGUUUCCUGAAACAACAAAAUCAAACAGCCAUUGGUCAAGUCAUUCAGGAAGGAGGUAAAGACAGACUUGUAUUAUGAAUUCUGCCUCUUGAUACCAAGGUAAAGUAGGAAGACAAUGUGUUGGCUUCUUAAAGGUAAACUCUUACUAAAUAUUAUUGCUUUCAUCAUUUCUGCAUAAAUUUGUUGUACAUUAUUUGGUUUUGGUGGAUAAACAAAGAGAGAAACGAACCGCUCUGCGAAGCUUUUCCUCCGUUGUUUAAGUGACAACGUAACAUGGUUGGGAAGAUCGGUUAUGAGAGCUGCACUGGAGUGAACCUCACUGUAAAUCUCUGGUUUAUGAGGCUGGGAACAGCAUGCAACUGCGGGGAGAUCAAAGGGAAAGAAAACCUUCUCCAGGGUCACAGAAAACUUGCGUAAUUACUCUGCUCCUUUUUCUGUAUCACUAAGGUUACACUUUUGCAAGGCCUGGGACUUAAUACGGUAUAAUUGUGGCCCUCCUGGCUUGGCCCUCUCCUGCCCUAUUGUCUUUAUUCAGCCAGCGUGACUGGCUGGAGCGGAGCUGUUUUUUGCCCGAGCAGCACAGACCCUGCCACACGCUCCCAGUCGUACUUUCCUUGCACGCUUGAAUUCAACCGAUUGUGCUUCCAGGAGACAGUUCAUUGCUACAGCGUCAGGAGUAGGUUCUUAGAACAAUUAUUUGGAUUCUGAGCUUUUUCCAUUAUCUUUUGUUGGCUUUAACACGUAUAUUUUUUUCUUGCACAUACACCACCUUCAAAUUUUUCUGAUUUGCUCAUGUGAAAGUGCGAAUGGUGGUUGACUAACGCGAUUACACUCCCCAGAGAGAGUCAUCCCAGGGGCAGGGGGUUAUUGAUGGAUGUAAAUAUGGCUCUUGUGUGCAUUAGGGUGGAAAAACAGGUAGAUGGGCAAAGGCUGCCCCUGGCUGCGACCCGUGAGCCACCGGCAACUGUCACUGCCCUUAAAAUCGCAUCAAGAGACCCGCGGCUGACCCAGGGUAAGAGGAAUGUAGGUGAAGCUUGAAACUGUCCCUCACGCCUCGUCAUUUCGGAUGAGCGCCGCUGAGCCACUGCCACAGACCAGAAGCAGAAAGAUACGUCUGGGGGACCAGAACUCUUACUGUUCUUAUUAUCUCUUAGAUUACUGAAUUUCUAGAUAGGUUAUUUUACUGGGUUUUUUGUUGUUUUUCCUGCCUGAAGUAGAAUGUCUUCUUAGGACAUACAAAAUAAUUUUGCUUUCUUUGAUACCUCCUGCUGUUUUCUGUAUCAACAGAGAGUAUGGUAAUUAUAUAGUUCCUAGUUUGCCUUUGCAUUAAAUAUAUUUGUUAACAGACCUAAAAUAAAAUCUGAUGUCUACAUUUUAA